AUGUUGCCUUCAAAGGCCCCAAAGCCCUUAAAUGGACGCUACCACUCGGAGCUCGUGCACAACGCCGGCUAUCGCCGCGGCGACACAGCCUUCUACGGCUUUGCGUUCCGCCUGCAGCAGGACUGGGAGUUUACAAGCCAAUUGUACAAUCUCGCGCAGUUUAUUGCUAAUUUCAACGAUUCCGGGUGCGACGAUUGGAUGCCCUCAACAAUGAUCUGGCUGCAAGGAAAUCAGCUUUACUCGCGCAUGAAGACAGGUACCGUCUGUGCGCAGCAGACAGAUAUGUUUCCGAAUAUAGUGUCCGUCUCGGCGGGCGAGUGGCAUAGGAUCAUCUUGCAGGUGAAAUGGGAGUCUGACUUGACAGGAUACUUCAAAGUCUGGUUUGAUGGUGUAAAGGCCAAGGAGGUUUAUAAUAUCAGGACGAUGAUUGUGCAUAAUCGGCAGUUCCAGUUUCGUGUGGGACUUUAUGCAAAUGCAUGGCAUGAUCAGGGGUAUCUGGAAGGGAGUCAAGAUAAUUAUGUACCGGGAUGA